GAUUGCAACUCCCUGGGCUUCAGUUUCUCCACCUCAGGAAAAUGAGGGGUUUGCACUAAAUAGCCUCUAAGAGCCCUGAUCUUUCCGACUUUUGGACCUGUGGAACUCUUAAGUCCUGGUGCCUUAACUUUCUUGGAACUUCUUUGUGGGUUAAAGAAAGUCAAGCCGUGAUGGAUAUCUAUGACCCCCAGACCUUGGGAGUUAUGGUGUUUGGUGGAUUCAUGGUCAUUUCAGCCAUUGGAAUCUUCUUGGUAUCUACAUUCUCCAUGAAGGAGACAUCCUAUGAAGAAGCCCUAGCCAAUCAGCGUAAAGAAAUGGCAAAAAAUCACCAUCAGAAAGUGGAAAAGAAAAAGAAGGAGAAACCUGUGGAGAAGAAGGGACGGGCAAAGAAAAAGGAAGAGAAACCCAAUGGGAAAAUACCUGAACCAGAAUUGUUUCCCAAUGUAACUGUCAUCUCCAAAGACCCCAUUCCUGAGACAGGUGUGGUGGUGGCUCCUAUUGUGCUAGAACCUGUCAAGUCUUCAAAAUCUCAAGCGGCACUAGCAGCAGUACCACCACCAAAAGCAACAGUGGGGCAACCAACCAAAGGAGUAGCACCCUCACCACCACCAUCAACAAAAGGAGCAUCAUCUCCAACAAAAGGAGCUGCAGCAGCACAGCCAAAUAAAGGCGCAGCAGCAGCACAACCAAACAAAGGAGCAGCAGCAGCAAUACUACCAUCAACAAAAGGAGCAGCAGCAGCACAGCCAGCUAAAGGAGGAGCAGCAGCAGUGCAACCAAACAAAGGAGCAGGAGCAGUGCAACCAAACAAAGGAGCAGCAGCAGCACAGUCAGCUAAAGGAGGAACAGCAGCAGCACAGUCAGCUAAAGGAGGAGCUGCAGCAGCACAGUCAGCUAAAGGAGGAGCUGCAGCAGCACAGUCAGCUAAAGGAGGAGCUGCAGCAGCACAGCCAGCUAAAGGAGGAGCUGCAGCAGCACAGCAAGCUAAAGGAACAACAGUGCAGCAAACAAAAGGGGCAGCAGCAGCACAGCCUAAUAAAGAAGCAGCAGCACAACCAACUAAAGGAGGAGCAACAGCAGCACAACCAACUAAAGGAGGAGCAGCAGCAGCACAAUCAACUAAAGGAGGAGCAGCAGCAGCACAACCAACUAAAGGAGGAGCAGCAGUAGCACAAACCACUAAAGGAGCAGCAGCAGCAGCACAGUCCACUAAAGGAGCAGCAGUGCAGCCAACAAAAGGAGGAGCAGUAGCAGUGCAACCAAACAAAGGAGCACAACCAUCAAAAGGAGCAGCAGCACAACCACCCAAAGCAGUGCCACCACAAACAAAAGGAGCAGCAGUAUCACCAGGAAAACCUGUAGCUGUGGCGGUGGCCCCAUCUUCUUCAGUAGAACAAGGGGCAACAGCAACACCAUUAGGGAAGCGAGCAGCAAAGGCAGCUCGGGCAGCAGCAGCCCAGGCGGCAGCAGCAGCCCAGGCGGCAGCAGCCGCCCAGGCAGCUGCCGUUCAGGCAGUACCAGUAGCGCCAGCAUCUUCAGUGGGGCAAGGGGCACCAGCCCCAUUGGGAAAGCGGGCAGCAAAGGCAGCUCGGGCAGCAGCGGCAGCAGGAGCAGCAGCAGAGGCAGCAGUGCAGGCAAUACCAGUGUCACCAGGAGAGCAAGGAGUAGUAUCAGCACCAUUAGGAAAGCGUGCAGCAAAGGCAGCUCGGGCAGCAGCAGCGGCGGCAGCGGCAGCAGCGGUAGCUGCUGUAGAGACAGCAGUUCAGGCAGUGCCAGUAGUGCCAGCAUCACCAGUGGGACAAGAGGCAGAGGUACCAGCACCACUGGGGAAGCGGGCAGCAAAGGCAGCUCGGGCGGCAGCGGCAGCAGCAGCUCAGGCAGCAGCAGCAGAAGUAGCAGUGCAGUUAGUACUAGCCUCACCAGUAGGGCAAGGAGCAGCAGCACCAGUGGCAUCUGGAGGACGGGCUGCAGCAAGGGCAGCUCGGGCAGCUGCAGCAGCACAGGUAGCAGCAAAAACAGCUUCUGCCCAGGCAGUACCAGUGGUGCCAACAUCACCAGUAGGCCAAGGGAUCCCACCAGCACCAGCCUCAGGGGCUCGGGCAGCAUCAAAGGCAGCUCGAGCAGCAGCAGCAGCAACGCAGGCAGUGCCAGUAGCACCAGUAGCAGCUGUAGUAGCAAGUACCCCUGCACCCCUGCAAGGGCAGCCUGCUUCAUCCCCUAAGGAAAAGAGGAAGAAGGAAAAGAAGGUGGCAAAGGUGGAGCCAGCACCCAACCCUGUUGUGAGUUCCAUACAUGUCCUUUCCUCCAAGUCCUCAGUGCUUGAAGCUGCUCCCAAAGAGGUCCCCGUGGUUGCUGUUCCUCCUGUUGGCACAAAGACCAGUGCCCCUGCUACCAGUCUAGCCCAUGGCAAAAAGGCAGAAGUAAUUGUCAACCAUGAGGAGCCAAAGAAUGAAGUUCCAUCAAAGAAGAAAUCUUCCAAGAAAAAGAGUGAGCCAACUCCAGCAGAUUCUGAUGGCCCCCUCUAUCUACCCUAUAAAACUCUGGUAUCUACCCUCCGAAGUACAGUUUUCAAUGAAGGGGAAGCCCAUUGUCUCAUCGAAAUUUUAUCAGAGAAGGCUGGCAUUGUCCAGGAUACCUGGCAUAAGGCUACUCAAAAAGGCGAUCCGGUAGCAGUUUUGAAGCGACAGCUAGAAGAGAAGGAAAAGCUACUGGCUACCGAACAACAGGAUGCUGCUGCUGCCAAAAACAGACUGAGAGAACUUAAUAAGGAGCUUGCAUCUGAGAAGUCAAAGGCAGCUGCUGGGGAAGCCAACGUGAAAAAACAACUCUUGGCCAGGGAGCAAGAGAUUGUGGCUGUACAAGCCCGUAUGAAAGCUAGUUACCGGGACCACGUGAAUGAAGUGCAACAGCUACAGGGGAAGAUUCGAAGUCUUCAGGAACAAUUGGAGAAUGGACCAAAUACACAGUUGGCUCGUUUACAGCAAGAGAACUCAAUUCUGAGGGAUGCUUUGAACCAAGCAACCAGUCAGACUGAGAGCAAGCAGAAUGCUGAACUGGCCAAGCUCAGGCAAGAGUGCUGUAAGCUUACAAAAGAAGUGGCUGAAAAAUCUGAGGCUGUACAACAGGAGGAAGAGCAGAAGAAGAGCCUGGAGGUCAAAACUGCAGCCUUGGAGAAACAGGUCCACCAGCUGCAGGUUUCUCAAAAAGAAAAAGAAGAUACUCUCCAGAAGAGACUGGAUGAAGUGAGCGGAGAGCUUCGCAAGUCCCAGUCCAUUUACAAAAAUCUUUUGGCAGACUUAGAAAAAGCAAAGGGAGAUCAGCAGAACAUUACUGAAUUGCGUAGCAAAUUACAGUCCUCUGAAACAGAGGUGAAAAGUAAGUCUGAAGAGUUGAAUAAACUCAAAGGAAAGCUGCUGGAGUCCAGUGCAGAGAAUGCAAAGCUCACAGAAAGGAUUAAAUCCAUUGAGACUCUGUUGGACGCUGGCCAGGCCAAGGAAGCCAAAGAUGCACAGGCUAACCAAGCAGAGGUGGACCAGUUGCAAGCAAGGCUUAAAGAGCGUGAGGUCCAGGUAGCAUCCUUGGAAAAGGAAGCCACGGAAUUGAAGGAAGCUGUCGAGCAGCAAAAACUAAAAAACAAUGACCUUCGAGAAAAAAACUGGAGAGCAAUGGAAGCUUUGGCUUCUGCUGAAAAAGGAUGUGAGGAGAAACUGAGUUCUUUAAGCAAAGCAAAGGAAGAAGUCGAGAAACAAUACAGCAUCUCUCAGAGAAAAACAAAAGAAACUCUUCUCUCCCUCUUCCCUGACAUCUCAAUAGCCACCCAGCAGAGUUAUGAUGAGUGGCUCCAAGAAUUCAAAGAGAAGAGCACAGAAGCUGGGAAGCAGAAAUCACCGGCUGAAGUGUCUUUGGAUUUAGCCUCUAAGUUAAAAGAUGCUGAGGAAGCCCAAAAUACUUUACAGUCCGAAUGUGACCAGUACCGAACCAUCCUCGCAGAAACGGAAGGCAUGUUGAAAGACCUUCAGAAGAGUGUGGAGGAGGAAGAACAGGUAUGGAAAGCCAAGCUCACAGUAUCAGAAGAAGAACUACAGAAGUCACAAAUCAAAGUAAAACAUCUUGAAGAAACCAUGGAGAAGUUAAAAGGAGACCUACAGAAUACAGCUCAGGUCAAAGAACAUGCAGCUCUCUUAGAGGCACGGCUAGAAGAGCACAUGUCGGCAUCCACUGCAGAAUGUCAGAAAUACGCAAAAGAGGUGGAGUUGUUGAGGGACCUUUUAACAGAAGCCCGAGAGCAGAUGGAUGCAACUAACAGUGAAGCACAGAAGCAGAGCAAGGAACUCGCCCUGGUCAGGAAGCAGUUGAGCGAAAUGAAGAACCAUGUACAGGAUGGUGAAGUUGUUGGGUCGCAGGCUGACCUAACUGAGCAGGAACCUCUCGAGCUGAAAACACAGCUAGAGCAGACAGAAAUCCUCCUAGAGAAGGAACAGAUCCAGCGGCAGAAGCUUACAGUGGAGUUUGAAGAGGAGGAUGCCGGGAGUGCGAAGGAAGGGACCUCCGUCUGAAGCACCUCUGGACUAAAAGUUCCUUAUUCAACUUUACCAAAAUGCCUUACACAUUCCUUAAAAACAAACCAACCUGAAAAAAUAUACAUGUUCCACAUCCUGUAGCUAUGAGACAGAAGCCAUUAGUGAACCAGAACCUUUUAGAUUCACACAAAACAUACUACAGGCACCACCUUUGUAAGGAAUCUUUGUAAUGUUUUCUAAAACGGUAUUCCCUGGGUCAAGCCCUGGACUGUCAGGAAUCGGACUCCAAAGCCUUUAUUAACUCUUCUGUGUGAACAGAACCCAUGAAUGUGUGAAACCAGGGGAGGGGGCAGGGGCAGGGGAGGGAGAAAAUCUAUGUAUCUGUACGUCAAUCAGUGCAAUUGUUGUUUGUUGGGGGUUGGGGUGGGAGUGACUGUUUCUGCAGAGUCAUUGAGAAUGGGGAGAAAGAGCCAGCUUGAGAGGGAAGUGUCAAGAAAGUGGGCCAUGCAGUUGCCAACAAGACCUGAUUGUGAAUUUCUGGAUGAUACUGCUAUUAAAACCAAUGUUGUAGCCAU